AUGCAAGCUGUUAGUUUCACACAGCACAUUUCGAGAUUGUUUGCUUACUGCUACAUCCAGCCCAUCCUCAACAUCGGCUUCGACACUUCCAGCCAUGCGCAUCCAUUGCCCGUUCGGCCCUCACCGCAGGCUCUGGAAGAGCAACGUGUUCGAACGUUGAUUGCGCACCAAUCUUUAGCUGUCAACCUCCAUGGGCUGCCUUACGAGCGUGCUGCCACCGUCUCAGACAUUCUGACGCCAAGGAUACGACGCUCACCUUUCCAUGAUGAGGUCACUGCCAACCAUCUGGAUCUCACCGAGUGUUGGAGGGGCCUAUCGCAUUCUCAGGCAACGGAGCUCACAAUGUGGUACCACUUCUUCCAUGAGUGCCUCCAGGCUGAGGUUCGGGCAAGCUUGUGCGAGGACGUAGUCCAGGGUCUGCUACAAAGUGAAGAAGCGGUUGACGAAGUCUAUCUCGUAGCUCGCAUACUUGACCAUCUCCGCAGCAACAGUCAGCGCGUAAUUGAUGUCAGCUUUGUUGACCUAAUCGACAGCAUGAUGGGCUUGUUUCAUGAUCAAUUUCCCAAUGAAGCGGCUUCAGUAGCUUCCACCUGGUCGCAAUUCUCCGGCGGACUGUCACUGUUCCUACACAACUUCCUUCGUGUACAAGACUGCUUUCUCGACAGUCCCAGCGGUUCAUGUCUCGAGGUCAACUUCGACUUCCAGUAUGCUGACACUAUCCUGACGGCCACCGGCAAUGUUGCAUGGCAGCCCCCUAACGUUCGGUUCCUGCACCUUACCAGCAGCCGUUUCACAGGCGAACCGUAUCGCAUCACGCCAUUCAUAUCGAAAGAGGCUCACAGUCCCGUAAGCUCACCAGGUUACGACGAGUAUAUUGACCAAGUCCACUACACACUUCCGCGAUCGUCUUUGAGCUUUCGCUGGAACUCGAUGAAGCAACGCUUCGAAGCUAUUGUGCCAAACUACGCCGAUGGGAAGCCGCGCACCGUCGAGACUGUGUUGAAGGCCACGAUCAUAACCCCUUUUCCGGACGAUGUGAAGUUCGAACGACAGUCACGUUGGAUCAUUAAACUUGAUGUCAAGCCUGCGGAGGAUAACGGCAAGCUCUCAUUUACACACAUUGAGAACAAGCCCCUCAAUCAGGCUGACUUCUCCAAACACAAUUUUUGGAUCCAGCCAGUUUACGCCUUCAGAGACCCAUUUUGCACAGAGCUCUGGGGUUCUGAACGUGGGACCGUCGUUCGGAAGACAUCUGGAAACAGAUCUGACUCUCCAUCCCCACAGAAGCGAAAGGUGUCGAAACCUGAAGUCGUUGAUGCAGCCCUUGAUACCAAGCGCAUCCGCCGCGAGUUGGACGACGAGGCUGAGAAUGAUGAAGAGAAGCGGGCUCCUCAAUUCGGUGAUGCUCUAUACCACACCUGUUCUCCCAACGAAUCACCACGCACCUGGUACCGCCAGCUGGAACAGCAUGAUAGUGGAACAUCGUCGCCCAAUACCCCACUGGCUGGCUCAGAAAGCUCAGCGCCAAAGAGCGCUGUCGAUUUGGGUUAUGACGCUCUUCAGCAGCAGCAGAUCCUACGCAACUAUCAAGAGUUUGCAGACCGCAAGUUAUUCAAGGACGCCGGCCUCAUCAGCCCGGUGAGCGAUGGGGAGCGCAGAGUCUUCGAGAGCAUUUUUCUUGAGGACAGUGAGGAGUGGUCGGCAGUGACUGACGGAAGUAUGGUGAAUUUCGACACCGUCAUGGGUGAGAUUUAG